CCCACCUAUAGACCACUAGACGCUUCUCUCCUCUCCCCAUCACUACCAACGAUGCUGCCCACCCGUCUCUUCCGCAACACCGGCAUUGCCCCCCCUCUCCGCACUCUCCUCACCCCUUCUUCAUCGCUUCCCUCGACGCUCUCCACCCAACUCCGCCUUCGUCUCGCCGUCAACCCCGCCUCGGCGUCGACCAUCACCACUUCUGCCUGUGCUCACUCUCCCCAGGCUCAAGUCCAAUCGCACCAGCACGACCACCACCACAGUCAUGCUUACCCAGGCGAUGUCGCCUCCUCGACGCACAUUCAUGGACAGGAACACCCAUACGUGCGCCAGGAACCGACGCUGAGCUUGACGUUCACCUGCACGGCGGACGAGUGCAACACCCGGAGCACGCACCAGUUCUCGAAGAGGUCGUACACGACGGGCAUUGUCCUCAUUGAAUGCCCCGGAUGCAAGAACCGCCAUCUCAUCGCAGACCACCUCGGCUGGUUCCAAGAUGGCACGCAAAACGGGCAGUACAAGACCGUGGAAGACCUCGUGCGUUCGCGCGGGGAGAAGGUCAAGUACGGAAAGAUGGACACGAGCGGGUCCAUCGAGUACUCUCCUGCGUAAACAAAACGUCGACGGGCGCAACGGUCCCAUGUCCUCCCUCGUCGCUUACGAGGCGAACACGGGAUGCUUCUUGGAGUCACACCGCCACCCCCACACAACCUCCACCCCUCUCCCAUUUCAAAGUUCCUAUUCAUUCGCACUCCGAGCCUGCAUCACGCGCCCCGGCAAUUUCCAUUCCUAGUCUCCAUUUUCGUCUCGUCGGUUCCCAUCUUCGCAAAUUGCGGCUACUCGAAGCCCCUAUCGGCCAUCAUUGAUCCCUCAAUAGACUUCCUUUCUCUCCUUCCCUCGCAGUUCGCCGACAGCGCCCUCGUCCAUACCACUUCCGCAUCGACACCUGCCCACACCCACGUCUUUUUUGCCGCCCAACACCCCCACACCAUUCUGGUCUCGCCAGGUCUCGCUCGUUUCCUAUAGAGCUUUCUGUUCCGUUCUAUUCCUAUUCCACCUUUGCAUCUUCCUAUCCCCGUACAGUAUUAGCCUUGCGUAGCCUCGCCUCACCUAGACUUCAUGUUACUAUUAGCUUCAUCUUGGCCCGUCUCGUUCCGUUCUGAGUAUCGUCUUGCCUCGGUUUGCCUCGUCUUAUCUUGCACAUACAACUACACACAUACACCCCCCACAGACACUUCGUUUUACAUACAUGCAUACUCUACAUAACUUACAGUACGCAGCACCCCCC